CUGGGGUGCACGCUGUCAGUGCAUACCGAGUGUUAGCACAAGGCUGCGUGCUCGCUGGCUCGUGUACACAAUCAAUCUUGUUUAUGGACUGAUUUGACACCGAGAUACUACCGUGUCUCCUGUUUUAGCGCUAUAUUUUGCGAAAAAAAGGAAUAAAAGAAAAGUAAAUCAGUGAGUUCUAUAGAGCAAACCAAAAAAGCAAAAAACAAUAAGAUCAAAUUUAUGCUAUUGUUAGAUAUAUACAUUAAACAUAUAUAUGUGUAAUAAAUAUCACAAGAAACAUUAAUUGUCAUUAAUUGAGUAUAUAAAUAAUAACAUAUGGAAUACGAGAUAAAAGAAUUAGACAUGAAAGCGCUGCAGGAAGAAAUUUUGCGUAAGUGUAGAAAAAAAACGGAACCUUUAAUCCUUUUUGACGAAACGGAAGAGGUACGUAAAAAAGAAGAUUUAUAUGAGGAAGAUAUCGACUCAAUAGAAACUGAGAAAAUUACGGACGAGGAAUUGCCAUUCGAGGACAUACUGGCUGAAAAACGCCGCAAAUAUACGACUAAAGAAGAGUUUAUUUAUUCAUUGUACAACGAAAUACUUCCAGCUUUUGUAACUGAAUGGGAUGGAUAUUUCUUGCGGAAGAAACAAAAUGCGAGGAGAUUAAUUCAGGACGAUGCUGAAACUUUAGAUGAAAAUAAAGAAAUAGAUGAUUAUAAUAAAAACGGUGAUUCGUUUAUCACAGAAGAAGAGACAAAAAAAGAUAAGAUAAUAAUUCCAUCAUUGAAGCUUUCACUGCCGGAUGAAUAUGCCAACAUAAAGUUUUAUAACAAUAAUUCUUAUUGCGGUCGUAUUAGCAGAAAAAUGAUGGAAGGCGAAGGAACCUAUACAUGGCUUAAUGGUGUUCAAUACAAGGGUCAAUUCGAGUGUAAUAAAAUUCAGGGAAAAGGUAUUCUAAAAUGGAACAAUAAUUGUUGGUAUGAAGGCGACUUUGUGGAUGGUUUCCGACAUGGCAAAGGUAUCCUGGUGGACAAAGAAAACAAUCGUAUAUAUGUUGGUCAGUGGUGUACGAGCCAUAUGCGUAGAAAAGGAUAAAAAAAUGUUGAAGCAUAAAUAACAUGUACUAUAUUAAUUACAAUAUUUAAUAUUAUUGGUUUAUUUUAAUUGAGAUAUUUUCAUUAUAUGAUCGUGAUCAACGAUUAAUGUAUUGUUUUAAUGCGUUCCUAAUAAAACAUAUCUUGCAUAUAAA